AGUUUCUGUUGAGAAACGAUUACUGAACUCGUUUCUUAUUGUAGGGAUUUCGGGACCCCGUUACAAGUGUUGACAAUUCUACAACAGCGGAUAAGAGGCGGAUGAUCUCUACGUUGUCAACUUCCAUCUUAAGUGGUAACUCAAUCGUUGGAAACCAUGGCGAUUAUUCCAUUACUCUCUGGGACCCAUGUAGCGACGAUCUUGGCGCCAGUACUGGUUUCCGUAGCGAUUAUGAACUCGCUCAUCAGUGUACUCAGGCCCGACAUCAGCGAUCGUGAGAACAGAAUCAAGCCAAUAAGUGCCGGAGAGAUGAAAACCGAUUACGAUUUCAUAGUAGUCGGGGGUGGCGGAGCUGGCGCGGUAGUGGCUAAUCGUUUAUCGGAAAUCGACAAGUGGUCGGUGCUUCUGUUGGAAGCUGGUCCCGACGAACCAGAAAUAUGCGAUGUGCCUUUCGCGUACAACUUUCUGCAGGGAACACCGUUGGAUUGGCAAUUCAAACCGGAACCCUCGAACGCGUCGUGUCUAGCCAUGAAGAACCACCAGUGCACGUGGCCAAGAGGCAAGGCACUCGGGGGAACUACUAUUCUAAACGGUAUGAUGUACAGCCGUGGAAACAAGAAAGAUUACGACUACUGGGCGGCGCAGGGCAAUCCAGGAUGGGAACACGACAGCAUUUUCAAAUACUUCAAGAAAUCUGAAGACAUGAGGAUCGACGAAUUCAAAGGAUCCUCCUAUCACAGCACUGGCGGAGGACUGAGCAUCGAACAUUACAGAUACCGUACACCUAUAACUAAUCACUUGGUGAACGCUGGUACCGAGAUGGGAUACGAAAUACUGGAUGCGAACGCUGGAAAACAAAGUGGAUUUAUGAUAUCGCACAGCUUUCUGAGAGACGGGCUGCGUUGCAGUACUGCCAAGGGUUUCCUUCGCCCAGCUUCCAAGAGGGAGAAUCUGCAUGUCGGUGUACUAUCAAUGGUGGAGAAGAUUUUAAUUCGUACAGGCGAGUAUUAUUAGCCCUUUGACCCUCAAAGGUCACAAAUUCUGGAAAUAACGCGCCGAUCACAGGGGGUCCCAAUGACCCCAGCCAUGUUUAAACGACUUCCGCGUUGCCAGUAUCGUUCCGAACGACUCAUAAAAAUUCAGGAUAUUAGUUUAAACCUUUCAGAAUGAGAAUAUCAUGGCAAAAAAUUUGUAUCAAGUUUUCAAAAUGGCGAAAAAAAUCAGUAAGGAGGCAAUGAAUGAUUCAGUAAAAUUGAACGAAACUAAACUAAAUGGGACAAAGCUGUCCAGAAAUGAACAAAAUUAAAGGAACCACAAGGAGCCUCGAUAAAACUCAAUAAAACUUGAUAAAACUGAACGAAACACAAAAGAAACCACUAAAAUUGAACAACACUAGUCAAAAUUAAACAAAACUGCAUAAAAGACAAUUAACUGGAACGAAAGUAUCCAAACUUGCCCCCAAACUGAACGAUUGCCUUUCUUGAUUCACAGAAGGGGAGAAGAAAGUUGCAUACGGAGUGCAAUUCCGUGUGGAUGGAGCGCUAAAGGAGGUGAAAGCUAAUCGCGAAGUUAUCCUAUCAGCUGGUUCGCUACAAUCGCCGCAACUGU